GAAUUGUCCCAGCCUUUAUAAACGGCUGAGUCGGAACUGGUCCAAUCCAGGCGGAGUGUGCGAGAGAAAGAGGUGAUCAGCACAUUAAUUUGUGAUUUCCAAAGAACUUCUGAUACAGCAAGCAUGAAACUGCUCGUCGUCGUUCUGGCCUCGGCCCUAAUCGUAGCCUCCAGCGCUUCCCAGGAACCACCCUCCGAACUGCAGACUAAAUGGGAGGAGGUUGUGGAGAAGGUGUGGAGCCUCGCCAGUCAAGUCUACCAUUCGACUGAGGCGAUCCUGUCCGACACUCAGCUCGAGAGUCAGUUCCGGGAGCUGAUCACGGAGACCCUCACCCAGCUGAACGCCAGCGUUGAGGACCUGCGCUCCCGCCUGGGGCCCAAAUCGGAGGAGUUCCGCUUGGACAUGGAGCGGCUGCAGGAACGCCUGGAGAGGGACCUGAGCGCACUGCAGAGCAAGGUCCAGGUGUACCAGCACGAGGGUCAGCUCCUGGCCGAGCAGGGUCUCAGUGACACCCGCCGCAUGCUGGGCAUCUACCUGCGCAAGUACCGCAAGCGGCUGACCCGCGAACAGGACGAGAUCCACCGCAAGUUCCAGGAGUACCAGGAGCUCCUGGAGAGCCAGGGCCAGCGGGUGGCCGAUGGGUUGCACCAGGCGCUGGAGCCCGUGGCCACAGAAACUGCCAACCUGCUGCAGGAGAAGCUGGAGUCCCUGCGGCAGGGCUUCCAGGAGAAGCUGGCAGAGGUACAACGGCAGGCGCAGAGCCUGCAGGAGCAGGCUGGCCAGGAUGCUCAGAGCCUGCGCAGCACCCUGGAGGAAGGAAUGGCCUCUCUCCGCAGCUGGUUCCAGACCGAGGCUGAAAACCUGACCAGCCGCUUCCAGGGUCUGUUUGAUGGUCUAAGGGAGCAGCCAGCUGAGGAGGAGGUCAACUGAAGGCCAGACUGGGUCUGGUGCCCACCCUCAUCGUUACCACCUUCCCCAGGUCUCUGCAACAGCCCUUCCUGAGCCUCCCAUCCCCUCUGUCCCUCCCUAUGUGGUCUCACUUCCCCCUCUGGGUUUUUUCCCCCUCCAUCUCAGCCUCACCCUAAUUUUCAACCCCCCCCACUUCUCCAGCCCCCUUCAACCUCUGCUGCAAUGACAAUGACUUCUGUCGAUUCCUCCCCUCUCUGACCUGGAUGCCUCGGAUUGGAUGGAGUGAACUCGGUCGGGGUGCUUGUUAUCCCCACUAACUGCCUCACUGACUAACAAAUAAAUAUUCAUUCAACUCUG